CAGCAGACCACUGACCAGCAAGAUGACUUCCUCCGGAAUGAACAUGAACAGCAAGAUCACCUUCUACGAGGAGAAGAACUUCCAGGGUCGCUCCUAUGAGUGCAUGAGCGACUGCUCCGACAUGUCCUCCUACCUGAACAGGUGCCACUCCUGCAGGGUGGAGAAGGGCUGCUUCAUGGUGUACGACCGCACCAACUACAUGGGAAACCAGUACUUCAUGAAGAGGGGCGAGUACGCCGACUACAUGAGCAUGAUGGGCAUGAGCGACUGCAUCAAGUCCUGCCGCAUGAUCAACAUGCACAGGGGAUCCUACAGGAUGAAGAUCUACGAGAGGGAGAACUUCGGAGGUCAGAUGUCCGAGCUGAUGGACGACUGUGACAACGUCAUGGAGCGUUUCCGCAUGUCCAACUGCAUGUCCUGCAACGUGAUGGAGGGCAACUGGCUGAUGUACGAGCAGGCCCAGUUCAGAGGCAGGAUGAUGUACGUGAGGUCCGGCGAGUACAAGAACUUCAUGAACAUGGGCCAGAACAGCAUGAGGUUCAUGAGCAUGAAGCGCAUCAACGACUCCUGCUAUUAA